AUGACUGCUGUUAGAGUUACCGUGCAUGCUCUGAAAGUUAUCCACGAAAGCCGAGCUAAAGUCGCUGUAGUUCUUUAUAUAAUUAUGGGUUAUGCUAUCCUUAUUUUACACGAUAUAAGGAAUACUACGAUUUCUAAUUAUCUAUAUCAUCUUGACGUGUUCGUUUGCUUCAGAAGUGUGAUAGAUGGCAUUCGUUUGUAUGCCCACCGUGAAACAAUGGGCAAAGCUACGUUUCGCAACAUGUAUGCAUAUGAUGACGUUUUUCCCUUAGGCCUAUCCUUCGUCUUAAUGGUUACCAAUGUAGCUUGCUUGUUCAUUCUAGUGCUUUACGUAGAAUAUGCUCCUGUGAAAACAUUGAUGUCUUGCCUGUGUAGAUGCAUUAAGAAAAACCAACUUGUGAGUCAAAUGCUAUUUCUGACUAGUACAUCUCUGAUUAUUCCACCUGUUCGUGUCGUUUACUCCUUAAAAAAUGGACAA